GCUCCUACUUUAUGUUCUAGUGGGGUCAUUCUUGCCUAUCGUCGCUCUCUUGAUAGGGACAGACAUAUAUUUAUAUAGCCGACCCAACGUGUUCUCGGGUGAAUUUUCGCUCGCAUCGAAUUGACUGCAAGCUGACGUUGUCUCGUUGCAUAGUAAAAGAAAUAAUAACUCCGACCAUCAAGUACUGUACCUUUUCCUUCAACUAUUGGGCCUAUGCCUGCGAUCUAUACUUCCAUCCCCAUUGUGUGCUACGAUAUCUUCCUAGUCGUUCUCGCGGCUGCCACCCUAGUGAGACACCUUAAAGAACAGAGAGAAAUCAAAAUGAAGCCUAAUCCCUAUGUGGUUAUGAUCGUCCGAUAUCAUAUCAUGUACUUUGUCCUGAAUUUGAUAAACCAAAUCUCAGUGGUGCUAUUAUGGGCUCAUACUCCGACGGGGGCAAUGCAAGCUCGCCGCGUUCUUCACCGAUACCGCGCCAUAUAUUCUUGCACCCCGCCUCAUCAUCAGUAUUUGGGAUACGCAUGCCCACGACAAUUGUUUACAUGUCAGCACGACGUUUGCGGAUUGUGUGUGCUUGGCUUCGACAAUGAGGUUCGAGCAGCACGAGAUAGACUCUGUAUAAAUUUGGCAUACUGGGAUCUAGAAGUAGUGGUGGAAUCAACCCCCGACAAGCACUACGACGGUACGACCGCAUUUAGCCAUCGCAGUAUCGGCAGUACAUAGAGCAUCGAACGAAGAAAAGUUCCGCAGUUGAGACAUGCGAGCGAAAUCAUGAUACAUUUCAAUAUUUAGUGACACAUGG